AUGAAGUUAAUUCUGGAUUCAUUGCUUUCUUUUCGAUUCUUCGUUCUUCUGUAUCUGCUCCCGUCGUGCCUGGCAUUUCAGCUGACAACUUUUGGCCCGAAAAAUUAUGCUCCUGAUGACAUUGUUGAUACGACCGUAAAUACUGUCUCCCCCUCUAAUGGUGCAGAACAUGGAACUGACAUUUUCAAUUAUGAGUACUAUGAUGAUCGAUUUCAUUUUUGCCAACCUGAGACAAUUGUUCAACAACCCGAAUCUCUCGGAAGUGUCUUAUUCGGCGACCGUCUUUACAAUUCUCCUUUGGAAUUGAAAAUGCUUAAAAAUACUUCUUGUAUCCCACUUUGUGCGUCUCACAUGUCCAAGCCAGAUAUUCAAUUUUUGAAAGACCUGAUUUCUCAAAACUACGUGGUUCACUGGAAUAUUGACAAUCUUCCUAUAGCUACAUAUGCAGGAUAUGCUAAUCCUGAUAACUACCAGUUGACUCCUGGAUUCCCACUGGGAAGAGUUACGGAAGAGGGUAUUCUCCUCUACAACCAUUACGAUAUUAUCGUAGAAUAUCACACUAGCGCGCAAAAUCAACAUCGAGUCGUGGGUGCAUAUGUAAAACCUGUAUCCCGCGAAUCGAAGUUUGAGAAUGGCAAACCCGAAUGCUCUACGUCUAAUUCUCAUGAAGUACUGCCUGACCAGGAUGACUUAACAUUCGUCACUUCUUAUUCAGUAACCUGGAAGUAUUCCACAACUCCUUGGGCUACUCGUUGGGACAAGUAUAUGCACGGACCCUCCAACCAAAUUCGAUGGAUGUUUUUAUUGUACGCAGGUAUUUUUGACAUCUUUUUGAUCUUUAUCGUUUGUCUUAUAUUAUUCCGUACUCUGAAUCGUGACAUAGAUAAAUACAACAGCGCCUUUUUGGAUCAAGAAGAUGUUCAAGAGGACUUUGGCUGGAAAUUGGUUCAUGGCGAUGUCUUUCGGCCACCUCGUAGACCCAUGCUUUUUUCCAUUCUUUUGGGAACCGGUGCUCAAUUAUUAUUUAUGACAUCCGCCAUUAUUUUGUUUGCUAUCUUCGGAAUUGUUGCUCCCUCACGACGUGGUAGCAUUGCGACAGCCGUAGUAGCCCUCUUUAUCGUCUCCGGCUUUGUCUCUGGUUUUGUAUCUUCCGUUUCUUACAAGGUAAUGCAAGGCAUGCUGAGAAAAAGAAAUCUUUUAUUGACCCCCUUUGUCGUUCCUGGAAUUUUGUUAGCUGGGGCUUUGUUCUUUAACAUAGUAUUUUCAGCUAAGAAUUCUUCUUCAACAGUACCAUUUACAAGCUGGUUGUUGUUAAUUUUCCUUUACUUAGUAUUUACUGUACCACUAAGUUUCAUAGGGUCAUUGAUUGGAUUUCGAUCAAGAGAAUUUGUUCCUCCUGUCAGGACAAACCAAAUCCCUCGACAAAUUCCUACUCAAAGUAUCUGGAUAUCCACUGCUUCUUCUGCCCUCAUUGGCGGAGCCAUUCCUUUUGUUGCUAUCUUAAUUGAGCUUUACUUUAUUCUUGAUAGCUUGUGGUUUCAUCCCCUGUACUUCAUGUUUGGUUUUUCAUUUUUCUGUUUUGGUAUUUUAAUUACAACUUGUGUUAUGGUAUCAAUCAUCACUGUAUACAUUCAAUUAUGCACCGAAAAUUAUAAUUGGUGGUGGCGAUCUUUCACUACGCCUGGCUUUUGCGGUGUCUAUGUUUUUGUGUUUUCUAUUAUUUAUUGGAUUAACAGAAUCUCCUCGACUUCGUUUGCAACUACACUUUUGUACUUUGGCUACAGUCUUAUGAUUUCUAUUCUAGUGUUCUUUUUAUGCGGUUCUGUUGGUUUCUUCGGCUCUUUUCUUUUUGUGAACAAAAUUUACGGCUCCAUUAAAAUAGAUUAA